AUUGGAUAUUAGGAAAAAUUUCUUCACCAAAAGGGUCAUCAAGCACUGGAAUAGGCAGCCCAGGGAAGGGGUUGACUCAGGAUCCAUGCAGGACUGCACACCCUUUUCCUUCCAGAGCUACCUAAGACCAGCACGCUUCCAUGGCCUACGCCUGACCCACACUCGGUAAAGGACACAACAUUUGCCAUUUUAACCCAGACCAACACUGCUGACUUGCUGCUCUGCAACACCCAGGACAGCAGGUCCACCAGACCAGCACAUCAUGGAAAACCACACUGUGGACUUAGAUGAGUUGUCACUGACAACAGAAUUUGACUACGGCGACUCAGCACCUUGCAUGGGAACUGAGGAAAAGCACUUUGCAGCAAAACUGCUGCCACCGCUUUAUUCCUUGGUGGUGAUCUUUGGCCUCACCGGCAACAUGCUUGUUAUCCUUAUCCUGGUAAAAUACAAGAGAAUGAAGAGUAUGACUGACAUCUACCUCCUCAAUUUGGCAAUUUCUGAUUUGCUGUUUGUAUUUUCUCUCCCUUUUUGGGCCUAUUAUGCUGUUCAUGACUGGAUUUUUGGGGAGGCGCUGUGUAGAAUUCUCUCAGGUGUCUACCUCCUUGGCUUCUACAGCGGGAUCUUCUUCAUAAUCCUGUUGACCCUGGACAGGUAUCUGGCCAUAGUGCAUGCAGUGUUUGCUUUAAAAGCUAGGACAGUUACCUACGGCAUCCUCACCAGUGCUGUCACCUGGGCUGUGGCUAUUUUUGCCUCUGUUCCUGGGGUAGUAUUUCACAAAACUCAAAAGGAAAAUUCACGUUACACUUGCAGUGCUCACUAUCCAAGUGAUGCUGCAAUAAAUUGGAAGCAAUUCCUGACCUUAAAAAUGAACAUCCUGGGACUUGUUGUUCCAAUGCUCAUUAUGAUUUUCAGUUACUCACAAAUCCUAAAAACAUUAUUGAGAUGCAAGAAUGAGAAAAAACAGAAGGCAGUCAGACUUAUUUUCAUGAUCGUGAUUUUUUACUUAAUUUUCUGGACACCAUUCCAUAUUUGUUCCUUUUUGCAUACAUUUCAAAGUUCACUUUUCGUCACAAAUUGUGAAAUCAAAGGUCGACUGGAGAAAGCAAUCCAAGUGACAGAAACAGUAUCAAUGAUCCACUGUUGUAUCAAUCCUGUCAUCUAUGCAUUUGUUGGAGAGAAAUUUAGGAAGUAUCUUUGUGUCUUUUUCCGAAAGCAUGUUGCAGUCCACCUCUGCAAAAAGUGUCCAAAUCUUUAUCGCGAAAAAUUAGAGAGAGCUAGUUCCACAUUCACACCAUCCACUGCAGAGCAUGACAUCUCUACUGGACUGUAGAAAUACAUCAGAACAUUACUUAGUAAAUGUUGCAUCACUUGCUUUGCCUUAAGAGCGGCCUGACGUUAUUUGAGAUCUUUAUGUCAACUGCUACUGAAAACUGCCUGACCCUCAGUUCUUGUGAUUAACCACUCCCUGAGGUUUCCACUAUUUCCAUUCUUAAACUGAGAGAAGCAGUGAGUCCCCCAGGAAUGACUAACACUGUAGCUGGAUCACGUAAAUAUCUGAAUGGGGCCCAGAGUAUUAUGAUUCUGUUUCUUGUCCCAAACCCUACCCAAUGAACAAAUGCUGGGGGGAAUACAAUAUUGAAGUGACUAUGGACUAAUAUGUCAUCUCACAAGAGGCAUUUACUGUUAUGUGAACAUUUUAAGAUAAAUAGUGGGAGGAAGUUUUGAGGACUGAUGUAUCUGUUUAGUAUUUAACAUUAAAGGAACACCUUUCGGAACUGACUGUAUUCUUUCUGCAACAUGAUCUGACGUUUGAUAUAGGGAGGCUUUAUUUUUCUUCAUUUUACCUCUAUACCCCUUAUUUUCCCUACAUGAACAAAAGAUGUUUCCAUAAAAAUAAAUUUGAGGAUGUACAUGAGAUGUAUCAAGAUAAUAGCUCUCCUCUGAUGGGAGAGUUUACUGACCUUUCUUGUUCUGAAGCCAUUUAGCCCAAGGGUUUAUCUGUUAGCUAACAGUGUAGACAUUUUUAAACACAGUAAUCCUUUUGACUACAGGCUAAGUUAUAGUAUUUUGAUUUUAUUUUUUUUAAUUUUAUGCCUGCCACAUCUCUGUUCAGUUGCUAACAUUUUCCCAAGUGGGAUUUUAAUGGGCGACAUUGUGAUUUUUGUGGGUUCAGUUUUGAAAGUAACUGCGCACAACGAGUCCACUAGCUGCACAAAAAGGAACCACUGCAUCCCCUCUGACAAAUCAUAUGCCUCCAAGGAAAAAAGCACCUAGUAAAUAAAAACACAUCAACACUAUCUGCAAGGCCAGAAUGAAAAUGACAUUGGCGUUCAGUAUGCCGGGAUCUUUAGGAAAAAAAAAAUAUCAGGACCCUCUGAAGGAUUUUGGACACCUCUCUAGUUCUGGACAGAUAAAUCAUGUGUCACUAGGAAGACUUUACAUGGCAGAUGCAGUGUGUCAGGCUACACGCCUGCAUGAGAAGAACAUGUUCACAAACACAGUAAGUCUGAUGUUUGGGAUACACUUUUAGGCAGACAGUAGCCUUGGAACUGAAAAAGCAGCCAAUGUCAGAGGAAACAUACCCACUCUGCCUUCCCAGGUGAAGAGUGCCCAUAGUCAACUGGUACCUCAAAUAGAAUGGCCUGCUAAUUGAAGACUCGAGACCAUCAGUCUACAGGUGUCCUAUGACCAUUCAUUUAUGCCAUUAUUUGGAGUAUAACGAAAUGGUAUUCGAGUGACAUGAUGUUAGCAAAGAAGAGGACAGAGAGCCAUAGUAGAGAACUUCUUGCUUCAAACCAUAAGGAAGUGCAGGUGAGCUCCCUUUGUGCAAGAGAAUUGUCUGUCUGCUUUUUUUCCCAUUUACUUCAAAGGGUGCUACUCAUGCAUGUAGAGCCUUGCUCAUGUAAAUCUAGAGAGGCAGGCUCAACUAGCCUCCAGGCAACAUAAGGACACAAGAAGACUUAACAUUAGAUGAUUCAGGUGCCUAAAUUAACAGCAAAUCUCUUCAAGAUCACUCAGCGGGCAGUAGAGAAAGAGAUGCCUGAGCUGGAAGCAGAUGUAUGAUUUAAAUGGCCUCGGGGUAAGGUUUCCUGUCUGACCAUAAAAGGAUCCUGGAAAUGCCAUCUCCUUAAUUUAGAUAUCAGAUGCCUUAAUCCAGGUGGUGCAAAUACUCUUCCCCCUCCAGCCUUAAAACAUCAAGGCACUGCUUCUACUACUUGUUAGUUUGUAUACCAUCAGCUAUUAUAAUCUGGCCACUACCUUAUGUGAUUAAUAGCCACAAAUAAACUAAAGAAAAAAUCAACAACUAUCUUCACAGUAAACCUUCUUGCUUGGAAAUAAUACUUCUCCUUUCUUUUGUACAGUUUUUACUGCACUAAUGUGAAAGCACCUUUUUAGUAUUAAAGCAUAAAUUAGUUCAGUAUGACAUAAAUCCUGAUGUAACUGUGAUAUUUCUACUGCUGCAUUUUGUUUUAAAUUCUUUUUUUGGUAUUACAUUUCUUCCUGUUUUCAUGUUAAUGCAGUGAAAUUAAUAAAAUCUAUGUCUGAAAAACAA